AUGGCGCUCGUGGGAGACCAAGCGCCGCUACGACCAUGUGCCCCACGACAUGACGCAACACCAUGCUUUGCCGAUGCCUGGAGGAUCGUUCACGAUGGAGAACCGUCGAGCAGCGCCGGGAAUUCGGCCGGGCCUGGCACUUGUCAAGUUGAGCCUCGGGGUUCCUGGACUAUAGGCAGGCGCGUGUGGAAGCAGCACGCAACUGUGCAACUACUGUGUCUCAGACGAGGUGGGAGCCGCGUGGAGCUUCCAGCACAGGGCCAAACCUGGCCUGUCUCAUGGCCCGAAAGCUAG